UGGGCUUUGGAGGCACUUUGAGACAGGCUGUGUGAGAGGUUAGAGUCAGAGUUGUUGCAGUUUUAAUACUGCUGAAACAUGUGAAAGACACAAACUCUUACUACAAUCCCUUUGGGACACCCGGGGGUGUUGGAGUCACUUUUCUACGUCACAGAGUCAAAGAGACACAUUCAAGCAGUCCUCAACAGCACAUGCUGAAGAAAUUGAAUGAGAACUGCAAACUUGCAAGAAACUAUUUGAAUAGGAGUUGUCCUGCAGUUUUAAAACAUGGGCAGUCUUCAGUUAGAAGAUUUUGUAGCUGGUUGGAUAGGAGGAGCUGCAAGUGUAAUUGUGGGGCAUCCUCUGGACACAGUAAAGACUCGUUUACAAGCUGGAAAAGGAUAUGGAAAUACACUUAAUUGUAUCCUUACCGUGUACAGAAAUGAAAGUCCAACCCUGACCUAUGAGAGAGACGACGACUCCUCAAGGAAGUGCCUAAGGAUUUUGGGCCCCUUUGAGUGGGCAGGACACAGGCAUGUUGUUGGAUUCUUUAAAGGAAUGUCUUUCCCAUUGGCCAGCAUUGCUGUCUACAGCUCGGUGACAUUUGGUGUCUUCAGCAAUACUCAAAGGUUUAUUAGCCAGCAGCGCUAUGGAGAUUCUAACCAUGCCCCGGCACUCUCGGACUUGAUCGUUGCCAGCAUGGUAGCAGGGGUUGUCUCGGUAGGAAUUGGUGGGCCUGUGGACCUGAUAAAGAUAAGACUACAGAUGCAGACACAGACAUUUUUUAAAGCAAACAUAAACUUAAAGCACAGGGCAAUUGGGUUUCCCGCAUACAGAGGCCCAAUUCACUGUGUUAGUUCAAUCCUUCGGCAGGAGGGCUUAGCUGGAAUGUACCGAGGUGCCGGAGCAAUGCUUCUGAGGGAUGUUCCUGGGUAUUGCCUAUACUUCAUCCCUUAUACGGUUCUCUGUGGCUGGAUUACUCCCGAGGGAUGCAUAUCUCCUAGUCCCUCUUCUGUGUGGAUGGCAGGAGGUAUAGCAGGAGCAAUUUCCUGGGGGACUGCUACUCCGAUGGAUGUUGUGAAAAGUCGACUUCAAGCUGAUGGGGUUUAUUUAAACAAAUACAAAGGAAUCAUUGAUUGUAUCUCCCAGAGCUACCAUAGUGAGGGCUUAAAAGUCUUUGUUAGGGGCCUCACAGUCAACGCAGUGCGAGGAUUCCCGAUGAGUGCAGCCAUGUUUCUUGGAUAUGAACUUUCACGCAAAGCACUAAGAGGAGACCAAGCUGCGACCAAUCCUUAACAUCCAGCACAGAGCAAAGGAGCACAGAAGACUUAGAAACUAGACCCAUUAUCCUGCACCAUUAAGUCAAUGGGAGCUUUACUAUUGGCUUCAAUGAGCACAGGAUCAAGCCCCAGCAGAGGAAAGGGGGAAGAACCAGCAGAACGUGCUGCCUGCUGUCCCCAUGUCUGAGCAUGCCCAUCUCUACCAGAACAAGAACGUCUCCACCAUCAGUCUAGUCCCGGAUCCAUGUGGCUGGGGCCACUCUUACUGCUGGAUCCCAAUAAAACCUUCACAUGUGUUUGCCCUGCAAGAUUUCCCUAUUGUCUCCUUUAUUUCACCCUCCAAGGCUCAGUAACUGGCCAGCCCUGUAGUGCCAUUUCAGCCAGCUCCUAUCCCCAGCGUUCUCCCAGUACUACUCCAGGAUUGGACACAGAAGAUCAGCCCCUGUUUGAGAAACACUGGCCUAAAUAUUAACUCAAAGCUGGAAGCUGCAGGAGGGCACCAAAAAUUGCACUUUCACGCAGCUUACACAUUAACGUGAUUUAGCUCUGACACGUGGUAUUGCAGAGAGCAAUGAAGACGAUCUGCCUUUAACUCUUUAUUUCUAGGGACAUUUUUUUUUAUGGAAAGAUGAAAAUAUAGAUCAAAAUAAACAGAACAAAAGCAAACAAUUAUUCACCUAGCUAUAUAGAGAAUUUACAUCACAUGAAACAAUUUGUAAAAUGUACUGAAUGUAUCUAGAUAUUCCAUUUCAUCCUAUAGAGUAGAUGUGUGUAUCUACUGAUUAUUUUUUGUGUAAAAAUGUGAAUAGCUGUGUUAGAAAUGACGUAGGAACAUGCCUCAGGUCCAGUGCAUUAUAAAACUUAAUUUUGUGGGCUAAGAAAUACAAGCAGAGCAAGGCUGCUUGACACCUGCAAUGUUAUUACAUCUGUUCACUGUGCCUUAGGGUUUCUUUUAAUGCAUGAUAUCACUUAAGGACCUGAUUCUGCCACCCUUCUUCAUGCUGAGUAGGUGAGUAAUCCCAUUUGAAUAGGGUUGCCAGGCAUCUGGUUUUCAAUCAGAAUGCCCCAUCGAAAAGGGACUGUGGCGGCUCUGGUCGGCACUGCUGACUGGGCUAUUAAAAAUCCGGUCAGUGGCACAGCAGGGGCCCAGGGCUAAGGCAGGACCCCUGCCUGCCCUAGCUCUGUGCGGCUCCUGGAAGUGGCCACCAGGUCCCUGCGGCCCCUAGGUGCAUGGGCAGCCAGGGAGGCGCCGUGCACUGCCUGCCCCAGUGCCGGCUCUGCAGCUCCCAUUGGCCAGGAACCACAACCAGUGGGAGCUGUGGGGGCGGCACCUGCAGGCUGUGAGGGCAGCGCUUGGAGCCUCUCUGGCCGCCCAUGUGCCUAGGGGCUGCAGGGACAUGGCAACCACUUCCUGGGAGCUGCAGUAACUGCCACUGGGACCCUGAAACCCCUCCCACAUGCCUGUCUCAGCCUGGAGUCCCCUCCUGCACCACAUGCUCCCACACCCACCACAACCCCCUGCCCCAGCCCUGAGCCCCCUCCUGCAUCCCAAAGCCCUCAUUCCUGGCCCCACCCCAGAGCCCGCACCCCCUCCUGCACCCCAGUCCCCUGCCCCAGCCCGGUGAAAGUGAGUGAGGGUGGGAGAGAGCAAGCGACAGGGGGGAAGGAAUGAGCAGGGGUAGGGCCUCAGAGAAGGGGCAGGGCCUUGGGGGAGGGGCAGGGGUGUUCAGUUUUGUGCCAUUUGAAAGUUGGCAACCCUACAUUUGAACUACAUGUCUGAAUAAGCGCAUGAAGAAGUGAGCAGAAAUGGGUUCUACAUGUUUAUGAAAGGUACAUCCUGGAGCCAACUGUGCGCCUGGAAAGCAGUGCAUGAUGGGAAAUCUCCUACAGGGCAGAUGGGAUGUUAAGGCUUUAGGCCUUUUAGUGUAUGGAUAAUAUUGUUCAAUUAAGAAAAAACCCAGACGCAAGUGGAAUAGGCACUUUUGGCUAGGACACAGGUCUACUGAGAUUGCUAAGCAUUUUUAAAAUGUUGGGGCUAUUGUAGGGGAAGGACUCAGUCCAGCAAAAACAUUUAAGACCAAAUUAAGCAAAUGUUUAUGUGCUUUGCUGGAGUGGGGUCUAUGGGAGGAGAGCUGGAGGGAUUUGGGAACAGACUCUCACUGUAGGAUUUCCUUGUAUUACAACAUUUGUAAAAGUGCUAAUCAAUGUGUAUUUUAAAUCCUGUGUUCUUGUGCUUUAUUCUUUUCAGUCCUCCUUGCAUAUACAGCACUGAGAGCAA